AUGUUGAAGGCGAGACGAGUAUUUGCCAUCUUGGCCGUCCUUUCCCUUUACCUUACACUCCAGAUCUGGCAUAAGGUCAGGUAUGACGAACAGCUUCGGUUCACUCAUCUGGAACAUAGUAUCGGCAAUUCAACGCUGGGUUUCCAAAAGAUACUAGUCAUCAACCUGCCCUCCCGCACCGACCGCCGCGACGCCAUCUCCCUCGCAGCGGCCCUGACAAACUUGACAGUCGAGUACGUGCCCGGAAUCGACGGCUCCGAAGUGCAGGAGCGAGUGCUACCCGCCGACUCCAGGAAUAAAAGUAUCAAGAAGGGGAAUGUUGGUUCUUGGAGGGCGCACAUAAACGCGCUUAGGACCAUAGUUGAGCAAGACUUGACGACAGUAUUGAUCCUCGAGGAUGACGUCGACUGGGACGUCCGGCUCAAGUCGCAACUGCAGCUCUUUGGCGCAGCUUCCAGAGCCUACCUGCAACCCCUGAAGACCAACCCGUCGCAAACCCUUUCUCAAGCAGCACUGACUGUGCCCCUCUCAUCAGCCCCAGAAACACUCCCGCCAUCCACAAGCCCCUACGGCGACGACUGGGACGUGCUUUGGCUGGGCCACUGCGGCGCCAACCUCCCGCCGCCGCCACCGCCGCACACCCAACAGCAGCAUCAGCACGGCGUCGACACCACCCACCGCAACCACCACCUGCAGAUCCUCCUGGCCGCCGACCCAACCGUCCCCGCGCCGCAGCACCUCAAGGCACACCCGUUCGCCUCGGAACCAGACGCGCUCGCCACGCUGCACCCACCACACACGCGCGUCGUGCACGCUGCGACAGCCAACGUGUGCAGCAACGGGUACGCGGUGUCGCGGCGAGGGGCGCGGAGACUACUACACGCGCUGGGGAUCGAGAGCUUCACUGCGGGGUUCGACCUGAUGCUGAGGGACUGGUGCGAUUACGAUGCUGCCGUAGGUCAUAGGGGCCCGGCCAGCGGAAGAGUGUGUCUGACGGUGCAGCCGCCGCUGUUUAGCCACUUUGCGGCCAAGGGAGGGUCGGAUAUCCAGGGGCUCGGUGGAGGGUAUGCAAGCCGCAAAAGGGGGUCUGCGUAUGUGAGGCUGAGUGUCAGGCGGAACCUGGGUGGGUUGAGCGAGGGGAAGGCUGUCGAGGAGCUGAUUGAUCAGUGGCCACCGGGGUGA